AUGACAACAGUUCAAGAGAAGCUUUUGGAAACACUCAAAGAUUUGACUUUCAGCGACUUCGAACAAUUUAAGUUGCUCCUGCGGAGCACUACAAUUAAAAAAGGCCUCCCAAUAAUCUCAAAACGGAGAUUAGAGAGGGCGGACAAAGUUGGAAUAGUGAAGCUGAUGAUGAAGACCUACGACCAACAGUGUGUGGACUUGACCAGGAUGAUUUUAAUGAAGAUGGACAGGAGAUAUCUGUUGCAGGGCUUAUCAGACACCAGCUCAGUAUCCAAAAGGCCUUCAAAAAGCUUGGAGCCUGUGAGCUGUGGAAGCAAUGUUGAGGACUCCAGUGACUGGACCAAACUUGAACCUGAAGUGGACAGUACAGGUGCAGAUGAGGCUCCAAUUUACAGCCUACAGUCUGAAGCAGGAAGCUUUGAAUGCAACGUCUCGGGCUUCCGAUGGAUCUGUAAGGAAAAGGUCAGCUUUAAGUACCAGUUUUGCUCUUUGGAGGAACACAUGGAGAGGAUCAAAAGCAUGCAAUACAUGCCUGCAGGUCCCCUAAUGGACAUCACAGUCCUUGCUGGGAGGUUUUUUGAAGGGUACCUGCCACAUUGGAUCUGCAUAGUUGACAAUCCUACGAUAUUAGACAAGUUUGCAGUCCUACACACAGAUGACUGUGGAGAUGUUGUGGAAAAAGUGUCUGAGGUCACAUCGUCCCAUGUCAAGCUGUCUGAACCAGUUUUCUCUCUAAAAAUGGUCCUGUUGAGAAUCGGCCUUCCAAUCAAAGUAAACUGUAACGUUUCUAUAUUCGUGAACAAAACAUCAUUCCUCACACUCCAUGUUUAUCUGACCCCACGUGAUCCUGGUCUACAACAGAAAUUGGAGAAGAUAGAAUUACCCGAUGGAUACAAAGUAAUCCGAAAGCCACAUCCAGCGAAGUCACUCAAAAUGAACGAUUGGUUCAUAUUAAGCACAGAUUUGGACGGUGCAGAAAUUUGUCCUAAGAAAUUAAUGCUCAGGUACGAAAGCACAGAGCCAAAUUUCAUCGAAGUGUUCAUUAACAAUCCAGACACAAACUUCCAUCUCAAUCUCACAAAGGAAAAUGAGUGUGAACCAGUAUGGACACGUGCAAUUCGAAAAGAUGAAUACCAAAGCACUGUUCACAUACAAGAAACUCCAGGCCCCUCUAAUGCAGACAACGCUGCCAUCUCCACCCUGCAGUCACGGGUUAGCUCCAUCCACACCACCGAUUCUUGCCUUCAAUCCCUAGAAAAUGCUGGAGCUUCUACUACAUCAUCAGGUACCAUCGCCACCACCCAGGACUCCAUGCGUUCAUUGAGUUUGUUCGCCCUCUGA